UAAGCCCCAGUCUUCACCCUGCCGGCAGAGAGGUGCUGCCAUGGCAACCAAAGCAGGGGACAACCCGGAGUCACUGAUGGCUCUGUCCACUGAGUACUGCCUGCGGAACCUGAAGGGCACCCUGUGCUACCUGCUGGACAACAAGACACUCCGGCUGCAUCCCGAGGUGUUCCUGCCCAGCGAGAUCUGCGACAAGCUCGUCAACGCGUAUAUGGAGCUGGUGCACACAGACAGUAACUUCGAGACGUACAAGAACUUCUUCCUGCUGUUCUCUGACCCACGCAGCACCAGACUGACCCGAGUCCAGCUGAGAGAGAACACAGUGCAGGACCAAGACUUGGAGGCCAUUGGGAGACAGGACUUGAUCGAGCUCCACCUUACCAACUGCGAGAAGCUGACAGCCAGGAGCCUAAAGACUCUGGUCAACUUCCGCCAGACGCUGGUGUCCCUGAGCCUCUUCGGGUGCAGCAAUAUCUUCUACAAGGACGACAGCCCCCGGGGCUAUGAUGACACUGACCGCCUGGUCAACCCCAUCCGCCAGGUGCUGGUGACGGACUUCACCUUCCGGGGCUUCAGCCGCCUGCGGCUGCUCAACCUGGGGGGGCUGACGGAGGAGGUGGACGUGGAGGCGCUGCUGCAGCCGCUGGCCUCGCUGACCUCCCUCGACCUGUCCUGCGUCCAGCUGCCCAAAGUGACAUUCCUCACCCAGUGGAAGGACCGGCUGGCCUCCCUCGUGCUUUACAACGUGGACCUGUCGGAAGAGCACAUGUUCACCGUGGUGCAGCUGGUCCACCUCCGGCACCUGGACGUCUCCCGUGACCGGCAGCGCGACCGGCAGGGAGGCUACAAGUUCAAGCUGACCGGGAAGGUCCUGACCAUAAUCGUACAGCGUCUGGUCAACCUGGUCUCGCUGGACAUCUCCGGCCACGUCAUGCAGGACAACUGUGCCGUUCCUCAUUCCGAGGAAGCUAUGGGGCGUCCCAGCAUCGAGCCGUCCAAGAGCAGUAUCUACCCGCUUCGGGAGCUGAAGAGACCUCUGCAGUUCCUGGGCCUGCUGGACACCACUCUCUGCAACCUGACGCACAUUCCAGCCUAUAAGGUCACUGGUGCGAAAAACGAAGACCAGAUUCUCAACGCUAUUGAGGCCUACACAGAAUACCGGCCGGAGGUGGCGUCGCGAGCGAUCAACCAUCUCUUCGACAUCGCCAGGAUACAGCACUGCAGCCAGCUACUCAGGGCACUCCAGCUGGUGAUCUCCGCCCUCAGGUGUCACAAGUACGACAAGAGCAUCCAGGUGACGGGCAGCGCCGCGCUGUUCUACCUGACCAACACCGAGUACCGCAUGGACCAGAGCGUCCGGCUGCGCCGCCAGGUCAUCCAGGUGGUGCUCAACGGCAUGGAGCACUACCAGGAGGUGACGGUGCAGAGGAACUGCUGCCUGACGCUCUGCAACUUCAGCAUCCCGGAAGAGCUGGAGUUCCAGUAUCGCCGCGUCAACCAGCUGCUGCUCAAGAUCCUCAACUCCUCGCGGGACGACGAGUCCAUCCAGCGCAUCGCCGUGCACCUCUGCAACGCGCUGGUCUGCCAGGUCGACAACGACCACAAGGAGGCUGUGGGCAAGAUGGGCUUCGUCACGACAAUGUUGCAACUGAUUCAGCGAAAACUCUGCGACAAGAUGUGCGACCAGGUGAUGGAGUUCUCAUGGAGCGCGCUCUGGAACAUCACCGACGAGACGCCGGACAACUGCGAGAUGUUCCUCAACUGCAGCGGCAUGAAGCUCUUCCUGGAGUGCCUGGAAGCCUUCCCUGACAAGCAGGAGCUUCACAGGAACAUGCUGGGGCUGCUGGGCAACGUGGCGGAGGUGCAGGCGCUCAGGCCCCAGCUGCUGACACCGCAGUUCAUCACAGUGUUCAGUGACCUGCUGAACAGCAAGGCGGAUGGGAUCGAGGUGUCGUACAACGCCUGCGGCGUCCUGUCCCACAUCAUGUUCGAUGGGCCUGAGGUUUGGACCAUGGAGGAGCCCCUCCGAGACGAGGUGAUGGAGCGAAUGUGGAGCGCCAUCCAGAGCUGGGACGUCAACUCUCGCAGGAAUAUCAACUACAGGUCUUUCGAGCCGAUUCUGCGCCUCCUGCCCCAGAGCAUCGCUCCCGUCAGCCAGCACUGGGCCACCUGGGCGCUGUACAACCUCGUCUCCGUCUACCCAAGCAAGUACUGCCCCUUGCUGAUCAAGGAGGGGGGCAUUGACCUCCUGCAGCAGGUUCUGGACCUGGACAGUGCCCAGGAGGAGACCAAGGACAUGGCUCGGAAAGUCAUGGAGCACUGUGGCAACUUCAAAGAAGACCCCAUGGACACUACAAGGUAAACAGGAACGUGGCAACGAGAGCACGGCGCCGGAAAAGGAUCAGUCCGGCAGACAAAAGAAGAAGACUUUUUUUCUCCUCAUCCACAUUCUGUGUCUGCCUUGAUUUACUGUAACUACAGGGGAGCUGAGGAACUUCUGAUUUCUCUGCCGUGUUUCCAGAAGGAACCUGAAGUGUGAGACACCAGCAGGAGAGGUGUGAUGCACGGGGGUGUGGUGUUUUAGUCAUUUCCUUUUUUGUGUUGCACAUGGUUAAACUUUACUUGUACAAGUGAUGAGGUUGUAUUUUUUUUUUCUGUUUCCAGUUGGUUUUUCUUUGUUUUUAUAAAGAAAAAAAUUUGGGAGUUGUUUAUUACUUUUACUGUAAAAAUAAGGAAAAAAAAAGAUGUGCUUCCACUGUUUCCCUUCCUGGUCCUGAGGUCUUUGGUACAUGACCACAAUAUAAGCUCUGCUCUUGAAGAACAGUCUUUUUGGAGAAUCCCAGAGACGCUCUGAACUCAUGUUCUUUUAAUCUUGGCGUUUCUCCUUCGAACAGGAAUUGUCAUUUCUGCCAUGAAGGCUCAGUGCAGCAUGAACUGCAGCUCUUACGAUGGAUUUUGUGUAUCAGGAAAAUCCUGGACUGAGUUCUGACCUGCAAAUUUGUCUUUUUAGACGUGCAUGUUAUGUGCAUUCAUUCAUUUCUUCCUCCUGGUGUGGAUUGGGAGUAGGUUGAAAGCAGCUCAGAUUGAUAUAAUGUCUUCCCAGUCAUUCGAAAGAGCUUGUCCUACAUGAGGAAGAUAUUCAGUUGUGAUGUACAGAAUUGUUCUUUUUUGACAUAGUUAUAAGCACUCCUACAGUUAUCUCCUACAAAAGUAGAAUUGUCCUUUCUUGUAAAGAUAGCAAAUCUUACUCCUGAUGAAAUGAUUCAGGCCACCACAAUGGCGUAUUAAAUCUAUAUAGAGACUCUGGAAGUGUUUUGUGAACACAUUUGCUCAUCGCACUUUUGUAAUUGAAGAUUUUACAGCUGAUUUCUGUUUUUUUUUUAAUAAUAGUGUAUUUAUAUGCGGAAAGUGAAAUAGGAAUUCUAUUACUGUUUUAAACAAAAGUAAGAGUGGAUUUUCAAAAAUCUGUAUCUUGAGAUCUUGGUCUCUUGGAGCUUCAUUUUUUUUUUUUUGCAAACCACCUUGAUGAGAUUACACUGCAGUUAUCUAAUCCUACACCAAGGGCAUCAAGCACACUGGGGAUGAGUCCCGGUCCCCGAGGAUCGUAGUCUAACUGUUACCACUUUAUAUGCUUAAUUGAAUUGAAAAUGAUUUCGUAAGGGCGGCACGGUAGCUCAGCGCUUAGCCUUGCUGUCUUGUACCACUGGGGCUCCAGUGGGGUACUGUCUGUGGGUUUCCCCUGGGUUCUCCAGUUUCUUCCCACAGUCCACAAAAAGUCCUGGUAGGUUAAUUGGCUUCUGGGAGAAGUCUGUGUGAUGGCCUGGCGUCCCCUCCAGGGGGUACCCUGCCUUGCGCCUGUUGUUUGCUGGAAUAGGCUCCAGCUCCCCUGUGACCCUGGAUUGGAAGAAGCAGUAUGAAUUUGGGAUUAUUUUGUGGCCUGAAGACGUGAAAAGUGAUGUGCAGGUGUUAAGAUGGAGGUGGGUGGUUUAAAGAGACUUGCGACGUCUGCAAGGCCGGGGCUCUCCAGGGCUCGGGCUGGCCUCCGCAGAUGCAGCAUUAGAUUCAUCUACUCUUUGAAAAUGAUCUGGUGUUGUGCGUUGCCUCGAUUUACAGCUGCUUCCAGUUUAGAGCUGAUUUGAAAAUGGCUAAAACCAGUCAUUUGACUGUAGCAUCUCAACAGAGAAGUUCUAAAAACCUUGUGCUUCAAGCUCACUUUAAAUUUUACUGUUCUCCAUAGCUAUUACCCAGCAGGGAGUGAGGGCUGGGAUGAGUUCCGAUACUACAGUAUGUGUGGAACUGCUGAACCCAUGUGCAUUUCCCGGGAUACCUACAUGGCUCUUCCUAGUUAUAGGGUGGAAAAGGUGUUUUACGAUACAGCUUAUGGAGAAUUCACUCAGUCUUGUGCCCUUAACUAAAGAUGGAAAUAUUGGAAACAUGUUUAAUGAGCUUAAAAACAAAGCUUAUUUCAAUGCCCCCUGGUGUAACAGUGUCUGAUUCUGGUUGCAGCACGGCUCCGCAGGGGAUACAGAGGGACUGAUGAGGACGUCUGGGUGGCCAGACAGAUAAAAAUCAGAGUUUUCCACUAGAUUUUUUUCAAAGGCAUGUGGAUGAGAAGAAAAAUCUCCCCCCCCCUCA